UGGCUGUGUGACGUAGCUACUCGUGUCAGCUUCCUGUUUACCGCCUGGUGUACCUUCAGACUGUAGUACACAUAUUGCAACACCACUGCUGGAGCUUUCAUCCACAACAACAUAUGCACCACUGCGGACACGCAGCCACACGACUGACUAUUGUAGAGCUUUAAUCCGUUUAUCGCCAUCGCCGUGGUUACUAAGGAGACAUGAAGACGUAACAUUGGGGGAACGUGAGCAGGCCCUUGAAGGAUCCUGAAGAUUUUCUGACUCCAGCGGACCAGAGUUCAGCGAGCUGGUGCUGAGAAUCGGCAAUCGCUUAUGUCAAAAACGCAAACAAAACAGUGGUGAUGAUCAAGGAGGAAUACAGAGGUCUGAAAAUGAGUAGCUAUACGGGUAGUUAGAGUUAGCGCAAACCCUCAACCUAAGUCUGGAAAGCUGAACUAGCCGUUUAGCUUGUUGUGCUAACUCCGAUAGCAGCAGCCGUGGUGUCAGCGGCUGCCUGUGCGGGCUGGCCGACGGCUUGUGUUCAGAGAGUGGAACAGCUCGCCGGUGCCCUGAAUUCAGGAAGACUCCCCGGCUCCGGCCCCCUCAAGCGGGCAGUCAGGAAGAAGCUGGCUGGGAAGGGAUGGCCUGUUCGGCCUUCCCGUUCCAAAGGACAAGGCUCUGCGGUGUUUGAAGGAGGUCGAGUUCGGCUAGAGGCCACCACCGCGGGUCGAGGCGCUAUGAUGGCCGCCCUCCCCUCCUCGGUCGGCGGCUACCCAACCUCCGGUCUGUCGGUCAGAAAAAGCGAGGAAAUAGCGGAUUUGAUAGAUCUGUUUUCUAAGAUGCAGUACAGAGCAAAGGAAGUUACUCCUCAGGUGGAGGCAAUAGAGAAGCGCUGUCUGGAGCUAUUUGCCAGAGAUUACAAGUACAGCAUCAUCCACAACUCCAAUGGAGAAGUGUGUGGCCAUUACCCCCGGCAGAUAGUGUUCCUGGAGUACGAAUGCACAGAUGUGGAGAGAGACAGGUUUGAGAGCGCGGUGCAGAUCAAUAAGCUGCAGGACCUGGUGAACCGAAGUAAGCUGGCUCGCUGCAGAGGGAGGUUUGUCUGUCCCGUCAUCCUCUACAACGGCAAGCACAUCUGUCGCUCGUCCACUCUAGCAGGAUGGGGGGAGUUGUAUGGACGCACAGGCUACAACUACAUCUUCUCAGGGGGCAGCGAUGACACGUGGACCGAGUCUGAGGAGCUUCCAGAGGAUGACAGUGCAGUCAGGAACGGGGACUCCCAACUCUUUGACAAGGUUCGAGGCCACGACAUUAAGCUGCUACGCUACCUCUCUGUCCGCUACAUCUGUGACCUCAUGGUGGAGAACAAGAAGGUUAAGUUUGGCCUAAAUGUCACGUCCUCUGAGAAGGCGGACAAGGUCCAACGCUAUGCAGACUUCACCCUACUCUCUGUGCCUUACCCAGGUUGUGAGUUUUUUAAAGACUACAAAGACAGAGACUACACAGCAGAGGGUCUAGUGUUCAACUGGAAGCAGGACUAUGUGGACGCUCCUCUGACAAUCCCUACGAGCUUCACUCACAACCUCAACAUUGACUGGACUCGAUACCAGUCGUGGGACCUGGUGGAGCAGACCCAGAACUACCUGAAGCUGCUGCUCCACAUCAUCAACAGUGAUGAUGAGAGCGGUCUCCUGGUGCACUGUAUAUCGGGCUGGGACCGUACGCCUCUGUUUGUGUCCCUUCAGCUCUCCCUGUGGGCAGAUGGCGCCGUGCACGCCAACCUGGAGCCCGCCCAGAUCCUGUAUCUGACCAUUGCUUACGACUGGUUCCUCUUUGGUCACAUGCUGCCAGAUCGACUCUCCAAAGGGGAGGAGAUUUUCUUUUUUUGCUUCAAUUUUUUGAAGCACAUUGUCUCAGAGAAGUUCUCAGCUGUGAAGAAACAAAGAAGGAAGAACUCACACUUGAGAGACAGUGAUUUCACUGUGGAAGAUCUCUGCCAGUUGAAACCCAAGGACCGCGGCAGUGUGACCAGUCUGAGCAGCGACUUCUCCCUUAUCACUGAAGAGGCGGGCGCUGCCUCCAGCCUCACCAGCGACACUGUGGACCUGUUCCCCAGCCAACCCCAGACCUCCAGCUGGAGAAAAGGCCCUGCCUCCUCUCCUCAGAUGGUUGUUUGGAAUAAAGCCCACCCUCUGGACGAGCACUUCUCCCAUCCACUCACUGAGGCCAGGUCUUCCAGCUCCUCCUCCUCCAACCAAUCGGAACACGGCGCCACUCGCAUUGGCAGCAGCCCAUUGGCUGUCCCUGGAAGAAGGUUAGCAGCAGACUACACUCGGUCAGGUUCCUCACUCUCCACAGAGUAUGGCAGUUGGCAGAUAGUUUCGGGUUGUGGCAGCAUCCAUGACCAUGCUCACUUCCCUCCCCCUCUGGCUUCAGCCUUCUCCAGCUCGUCUGCUGUGGCUGCUGCCUACGACUGCCCUCUGCCCUUCAGUUUUCAGGAUGAAGGACCCAGUGGACGCAUGUGUCCCCUCCCCUCUGAGCGUCAGGCCCGUCUGGAGGCGGUGCGGGAAGUCUUCCUGGCUGCCUACAGCUCCACUGUUGGCCUCAAGUCGUCGGCACCCAGCCCCUCUGGCGCCAUAACCGGUCUGCUGGAGCAGUUUGCCCGUGGGGUUGGCCUCCGGGGCACCAGCACCAUCGUCUGACCCUCUCAAUGUGACUUCAGACCGUCCUCCUGCUUCCAUCCAUCCAUCUAUCCAUCCACAGUCGACGCAGCAUGCCUGGACUGGAGGACAAUAAAGUGCCAAACCUCUCUGUUGAAUUGUGAAGCAUUGAUUUUUACCUAUUUGAUUUUGGUUUUCAAACCUUACAUGCUUAGACAAGUCGUAUUCAGGGACGGAAAUGGUUUCAGCCACAGUAUCAAAAAGGGAUAUAAAGAAGGUUUUCUAACUGCUGAAAUGUAUAUGGCUGAAUAUGGGGUCUGUCCCUGUAACAGGCAGAAUAGAACCAAUUCUUCCCUCCACUGUUCUUCAUCACCUGUUUCUAAUUUUCAAAACUCCCAUCAGAGUCCUUGCAGUGAUUGUCCCGUGUGCAGGCAGCAAUGUGUUCUUAGUUCUCUUGUGCUGUGCUGCUACGCAUUACUGAUCUGAGCCGAGGGAUUUUGUUGGACUGGAUUUGAAAGAUUAGAUAAAUCCAGCCCUACAACCAAGCUUUUUUGUGGUUUACAGCUUUGAUAGCUAAUAUGAGGCUCAGGCAGUUUAAAGGGCCAGUGCUUUGUCCUGGUCUUGCAUCAUAUUCUGUGACUCAAAUAGGAAUUCUCAGUUUUGGCAAGACCCCUCAAGAUUAAGGGUUCACUGUGCUAAUCCAUAAAACAUAUCGUCUGACCAAAUCAAAAGGCCACUCCUGAAGCCUCAAAACGUGGUCCAACCUGAAGGUUGGGAGAAAAGCUAGUAUGGACUAGGCAUGGGCCGGUAUACGAUUCUGACGGUAUGAUUACCUUCAGCCAAAAUUUUACUGUAUUUGUUUUUCCCCCAAUGAACACAAUGCAUUGUAUUUUUUAAUCCCACUGCCCACUGGCAGGGAGAGGUAUUACUAAACUGCCCUUUAGCUCCUCAAUCGCUCAUCAAAAACAGCUCAUUCCUUAGGAACGGUAUGAACGUUUUUUCACACUGCGUUAUGCCUUGAGACCGGUAACUUGCCCAUGCAUAGUGUGGACAGAAGGGACAAUUACAGCCACCUGUGUGGAAGUUGGGCAGCCUAUCCUUUAACUAGAUCACUUUCAAGUUCUGUGAUAUUUUAUUUCAUUUUCAUAAAAUAAGUUUUGAUGAUUCAACAUGGACAGGAACAGUUCCUGAAUGGCCUCACAUAGCAGCGUUUGAAGAUCGUAACCCAGGAAACAAAGCAAUCCUAGCUGUCAUUUAACCUCCCCAGUCAUUUCUUCUUCAGUAGCACUGACAUGGUAGCACAAGCCAUUGAGCCUGGUGGUAGGCGGUCUGUUAACCGGAGGCCUUUUUCAGUGUUUCAGGAGUCCGAUGAAUUGAGGUCCACGGGACUCCCGCCAGUGCUGAGCUUUCUGCCCAGCUAGGAUAACACCAAGCUCGCUCAAAAAACGUGUGCUGCCUUCUUUCAGGUCACACUAGGACAAAUAUUUCUAGCUGAAGUACUUUUGGGGUAGAUUCACAAGUCAUUUUUAUGUUCUUUUCUGUUCUGUUGAGAUUUUAUUUGAACUAGCUGGUUGGUGUUGCCAAACGGUUUGGACGGCUGCUGUACCUCAGGACGUUUUGUUGUGCCUUUUUUAUCUUCAGUAACGCUGGGUCAGAUCUCUAAUUCUUCUGAUCCAGUUUCAGGUGCAUUUCUGUUUUUCAAAGGGUGUAAGAGCUCGACAAGAUGAGGUCGAUGUAAUGAUGAGCAAAAUUUUCAUGUAUGUUUUUAAAAAAGCCUUUAGGAGAAGAGGAUAUCAUUGGUUUAAGGAAUAAUUGAAUUAGAAAUUUUGCAUUUAUUCACUUUCUUUCUAAAAAGUGAUAGCGUAGCUCGGUUUUAAAGUUUAGAGUCUGUUUAAAUGUGCAUACCAACACCUCAAAAGCUUAUAUAUACACGUGCAUAAGUGAGAACUCGAUUUUCACGUCUUACUCUUAGAAAGAAUUUGAAUAAGCACAUUUCCUAAACUGUUCAACUGUUGUUUCAACUUGCAGAAUUUAGUGUUCUGCUUGCCAAAUAUAAGCCAAAUUCUGCUUUGUUUGUACCGAAACACAUUCGCUAAGAUGUUUUUAAACCACAGGAGGUGUCAUCCUUUUGUUUAUGAGCAUGUGGUUCAUGUAUAAUCUCUCUGCAUGGGCUGUCGGAAUGCUUCCAUGUUGUGCACUCAUUGACACAAUCUGUCUAAAGCAUGGCCUCGGCUCUGUCUCGAGCUUUCAAGCUUUCUUAUUAAGAUAUAUUUCCUGAGAAGGAGGUCUAGCUCAGUCCAGGUUUCAUGUCAUUUGUUUUUAUUUUGGCAUCAUGCCAUCCAUUCUGUCUGGCUGUAGCUGUUAAGCAGCCGAUCACAGGACCCUUGCCAUUACAUUUUCACAUUGCUGAAAAUAGUCAUUGUAAGAAUUUCUCAUCCUGGUUUACUUUAGAUAUUUGUCACAUUUUCACUCACUGGUUUAGUAUGACAUCCUCCAAGUUUAUCUCCAUACAGCAUACAAUGUCUUACAAACUUUUAUUUCAGGAUCUGAUUAAAAUGCUGGAUUGCACUCGUCCCGGGGUUCUCUGUGUAAAGACUACUUCUUUGUAGAGUUGAUGCUUUUUUAAGUAAUUCUACUUUUGUUUUUUUUCCGUUAUAAAAUGCUUUUAAUUGUUGGCAGACGAUGAGCCACAAUGAAAGAUGAAUGGAGCAGCGAAUAAACAAGAAAACACA